AUGUGUGAAUGUACGUUUGCCUUGAGUAACGAAGGCGUGUUUUUGUCCGUUGCGCAACAGCAGGCUCCAUUCAGGAUGAAGAAGCAGGAAGAUGAAGACAAGGAAGAAGCGGGAGGUGUGGCAUGCCGCGAUAUGCCUGCGGUUGACAUGGAUUUCUUUAGCUGCCCGCGCAACUCAAUCCCUUCUCUUUCUGUCCUUCCUUCCUUCCUUUUGUCAUCGAAGCGUGUUUUAUUUUCUGUGGCCACGUUCGCCCCCAUGCGGAAAGGAGCCCCACCAACGGUAGGUAGUCGGCCGACAUGCCGCGGGGCUGCCACGUCCCGUAGCCUCCGGGGGCGCUCCGGCUCCCACGAUGGUUGUAGAGAACAAACGGAUGUGUUGGCCGCCAGACCGGUGGGGUCCCAAAUUCGUCAUGCUCAUCGCGAGGUGCGAGUCCCGCGAAGCGCUGACACGGCGGGCCUCAAUAGUUACGUCCUGGUUGAGGCGGCGGGGGCGUCGCAGCCGUACGAGGUGGCCGCGGCCAGCGUCAGGGCACACCAAAACGGGGGGUUGGAGUUGAAGGAAGUUCCAGUGGUUAAUGGCGUUGGUGCGAUGGAGCGGUCAACGCAACAGAAACAAGAAGAGACGCCGCAGGGGGUGCCAGCUGGCAGUGCAGAGCAGCAGCAAACGCGGCACUACAGAGAUAAUGAAGCAGGCGGAUCAGCGACGAUGCAUCCUGCCGACCGCAUACAGGCAUUGGAGCAGCUGUUGCUGCACAUGUCUGCAUUAAACAGACAGCUAGAGUUAGAGCUUAUAGAGACCCGGAGAGAACUGAUGGCGUACAAGCAACUCUUACCGGAGGUGCCGUGCCUCGCCGAGGCCCGGGCUCCGCCGCUGUCACGGAAAAAUGUCAACAGUGCAGAGCCGUCGCCGAGGCCACAUGCAACGCGGCGUCAAUUGUCGUUUCUGAGGGAACAACAGCAAGGCUCGCAGGGUGGCAUUAGCAGGUGGGAGACAACCUUGGUGAAUAUGCGCCAGGGUUGCGGGGAGGCGGAGGUAGACGCCCUCUCGGAUGGUGCAGGACGCCCAUGCCGCACAGACAACAACGACGAGGACGUUCGCUCGCCAGGGAGGCUUCUUUCAACGCAGCCACCCAAAAACGGUGGGGUGCAGCGGCAGCAGCAAGCUGCCAACAGGGCUGAUAGAAAUAGUCGCACACCCUACCAUUGCGGGCAAACACGGCGUCCGGCAGAGGCGGCAUCCGCAACGCAUCGCCGAGAUCGUUCCAUGCGCCGACGCAUCCGCCACCGCGAAACUCCGCAGUUUCCUGAGCGCUUCAACGCGGAGGAGGCGGUAGACAUGCUGGAGUUUCUGAAGCGCUCACUCAUGUACCGCUGCAACCACUCGCAUCAUCGAUCGCCAGUGGAGGUUGCGCGGCCCGCCGCGAAGCCGCGGAAGAGCGCACAGUCUGUCCCACCAUCGCCGCAGCGAAAGUGCAACGCCGCGGCUGCUGGCGCGCGGCUUCGCAGCGUUUCAGCGCGACAUGCUAAGAGCCAUGUCGUUGCAGCAACGAGGGAUGCAGGAACGAGCAAUAGAGGCGCAGCACCGCUCUCCACCGCCUAUGACCGUUCUUCGAGAGCAAAGAACUCCACGCUGCGUGCGGCCCCGGGUCAAACUAUGCCCUCUUCCGGAAAGGUCACACCGAUGCGGAAGGACACGCUAUUGUCACUCGCCCCAGCCGCAGCCGCAGCUGUGGGCGAUGACGUGAAGUUAGAAGCGCUGCACAAGCGUUACUGGGAGCAGUCCCGCGCAAUUUUAGAACAGCUUGAUCAGAUGCUGUUAGAUGACUGA